CAACUCUGCCUUGUUAAGCAGCAGCAGGGUGGUUCCUCACGGAGCACAUGUGCAUGCUAGCUAAUAUAGUUGACUCAGGAGUGAACAGCUUCCGCUGAUAUAAUAUCUGACUUUUCUGGAGUUUGACACUACUAAGGGGCGAAAACAGGCCUUAUUCUGUUUUUUGCGUGAGCGAGGAAAUUUCCCUGUAGAUGUUCAGUAGUUUUAUAGAAUCCUUAUUUGGUUGUAUUGAGUGGAAUGUAAAAGUGUUUUUUAGUAUCUGCUCUAAAAACAACACUUUUAAGCUAACAUGGAGUCAGCCUAAAGCGGAUUGAUCACUUUAGGCCUUCACUCCUCAGAGAGAUAAAUAAAUAAAUAGUAAGACUGAGCACACAGCUGCAGUUUGUUUUUAUCACACACAACCCCAAAACCAAACCUUUCACCCUGACAUGAUUAUGGAAGGUAGGCGGGGUGGAAGUGCUUUGCCCUCGUGACUUUUUUUUUUUUUUUUAAUAAGUCUCAUCUUUGCCUUCGGAGAGGAAAGCUCUUUCUGGCCUCUAGCCACAACAGGUUCGAAGGUCCUACAUUCAGAUUAAGCGGAGCUUCUUCCCAACAGUGACGUUUGUUGGACCCCCAGAAACUGUAAGAUGCCUCUGUCCCGUUCGCUUUCCAUGACAUCCCUGACCGGGGUGCUGCCGGCCUGGGAGGAGGACGAGCUGCCUGUGGAGGACCUGCUGCUCUUCGAAGUCUCCUGGGAGGUCACCAACAAAGUUGGGGGAAUCUACACAGUCAUCCAGACCAAGGCUAAGAUCACUGUGGAUGAAUGGGGAGACAACUACUACAUGAUGGGGCCGUACUUCGAGCACAACUUCAAGACUCAGGUGGAGAGCUGUGAGCCACCAAAUCCUGCCAUCAGGAAGGCCAUGGAUGCCCUCAUCCACAACGGCUGCCAGGUUCAUUUUGGUCGCUGGCUGAUUGAGGGCAGCCCCUACGUAAUCCUGUUUGACAUAGGCUCAGCAGCCUGGAACCUGGACCGCUGGAAAGGGGACCUUUGGGACACCUGCAACAUUGGUCUGCCCUACCAUGACCGAGAAGCCAAUGACUCGCUCAUUUUGGGCUCCCUUAUUGCAUGGUUCUUCAAAGAGUUGACAGACCACCUUGGAGACAAACCUAAUGUCAUCAGUCACUUCCAUGAAUGGCAGGCAGGUCCUGGACUUAUUCUCUCUCGCUCACGCAAAAUUCCCAUGGCGACAGUAUUCACAACACAUGCCACCCUGCUGGGAAGAUACCUUUGUGCUGGGAACACUGACUUUUACAACAACCUGGACAAGUUUAACAUUGACAAGGAGGCUGGUGAGAGGCAGAUCUACCACCGAUACUGCUUAGAGAGAGCAGCAGUUCACUGUGCUCACGUCUUCACGACAGUCUCUCAGAUCACUGCUGUGGAGGCCAACCACAUGCUGCACAGGAAACCAGAUGUGGUCACCCCAAAUGGGCUGAAUGUGAAGAAGUUCUCAGCCAUGCACGAGUUUCAAAACCUGCACUCCACCAACAAGGCCCAAAUCCAGGAGUUUAUCAGGGGACACUUCUAUGGUCACCUGGACUUCAACUUGGAUAAAACCCUCAUCUUCUUCAUUGCUGGGCGCUAUGAGUUCUCAAACAAAGGAGCAGAUAUUUUCCUUGAAUCACUGUCCAGGCUGAACUAUCUGCUGCGGGUCCACCGAAACGAUGUGACGGUCGUAGUUUUCUUCAUCAUGCCAGCGAAAACUAACAACUUCAAUGUGGAGUCCCUGAAGGGGCAGGCAGUACGUAAACAGCUUUGGGAUACAGCUCAUGCUGUUAAGGAGAAAUUUGGUAAAAAGCUGUAUGAUGCUCUGUUAAAAGGGCAGAUCCCUGAUCUCAACAACAUUUUGGACCGAGAUGACUUCACCAUUAUGAAGAGAGCCAUCUACGCCACACAGAGGCACAGCCUCCCUCCAGUAACCACUCACAACAUGCUGGACGACUCAGCAGAUCCCAUCCUGUCCAACAUCAGACGUGUUGGCCUCUUCAACUCCAGGAACGACCGUGUCAAGGUUGUUUUCCACCCGGAGUUCUUGUCCUCGACUAGUCCUCUGCUGCCAAUGGACUACGAGGAUUUUGUCCGUGGUUGUAACCUUGGAGUGUUCCCUUCCUACUAUGAACCAUGGGGCUACACACCUGGUGAGUGUACUGUAAUGGGCAUUCCUAGUGUGACCACCAAUUUGUCAGGUUUUGGUUGCUUCAUGGAGGAGCACGUGUCGGACCCUGCUGCAUAUGGUAUCUAUAUAGUGGACCGACGCUUCCGUUCUGCUGAGGAGUCCUGCAACCAGCUAACUCAGUUCAUGUUCAGUUUCUGCCAGCAGUCUCGGCGGCAGCGUAUCAUCCAGCGCAACCGAACUGAGAGGCUGUCUGACCUUCUGGACUGGAGAUACCUGGGACGGUUCUACAUACAUGCACGUCACCUGGCCCUUAGUAGAGCUUUCCCAGAGAAGUUCAAGAUGGAUCCCAUGGCCCCUCUGAAGACGGAGGGUUUCCGGUAUCCCCGGCCCUACUCGGUUCCACCCUCUCCUUCUGCCUCUAUCCAUUCCACGCCCCACCACAGUGAUGUUGAGGAUGACGAUGAUGAACCCUAUGAUGAAGAUGAGGAGGCCGAGAGGGACCGGAUGAAUAUCAAAUCUCCAUUUGUGCUCAAUGCUGUGCCAGAGGGGAAGAAGCAGCAACCAGGAGAGUCAAGAAACUGAAAUGCUCCAGAGUAGCUAUGGCCUUUACAGUUGGAUGGACUUGACAGACAAAUGUGUGCGGCGGUGGGGGGGUCACUGCCUGGUUAGCCCCGCAGUCUACACCACAGUAAUGACGACCCCCCCACAUCAUCACCUUUUGUUAACAAUUGUUACACUUAUUCUGCUGCCAGGCAAUAAAGUCCACCCUGCAUAACAAACUUUUUAUAAAGUUUGUAGAAAGGUUAAAUCUAAGUUUAUCAUCUGUCUUCAAAUGCUAGCUCGCCAAAAUAACUUUAGUCAAGCAGAGUCUGAAAAUGCUAACUGAACAUUACAGUUAUUUAAAAUAAACUUGAGUAGAACAAAGUGUCUGUCACAGGCUUUCCAUUCGUUUGUUUGUUUGCAUGAAGCGAUAGUAGAGGGUUGCGCUUUAGGAGCAAUUUAGAAUGAGCAAUGAAUUUGACACUGUAGCCUUUUAAUUUUAGAAGACUAUUUUUCAGA